AUGAAUCAAGAAGUUUUCAUCGUUCCGUCUCAUGCACUACCGUUGGAGUCCAAACCAACUGUAAAAUUUUUAAGCAUUCGAUAUGAAGGAAGAAACACCCUCUCCACUCAGGACCCCGACUGUCUUUCGAAUGAAUGGAAUAACGCUGCGAGCAAGGCCUCAUGUGCAUUUUCCUCCCUCGUUCUUCGAAAGAAUGUUGUCGAGGACGCAAAAAUUACUGUCUGCAAACUGAAACGUCAGGCAUAG